AUGCCCUCACUCCCCACCGCCCUCCUCUCCCUGACCUUCUACCUCACCACCCUCGCAUCUCCCUCUCCCCACACCUUCCACUUCCCCACCUCCCCCAACCACACCUUCACCCCCGGCUCCGUCAUCCCCGCGAACGCACACACCUUCCCCGCGCUCCUCGGCACCGGCAUGUCGACCUCCCUCCUGAACCUCGGGCCCUGCGCAAUGCUGCCGCCGCACAGCCACCCGCGCGCCACGAACAUCGUCGUCGCGAUCUCGGGCAACACGACGAGCUGGACGGUUGUGGAGAACGGGGCGGGCGUGCGGGAGGUGGCGUUGGUGCCGUGGACGGUGGCGGUGUUUGAGAGGGGGAGUCUGCAUGGCAUGAUAAACUAUGGCUGCGAGAACGCCCAGCUCAUCUCGGCGCUCAACUCCGAGGACCCGGGCACGCUGAACCACAUUAACGCGCUGUUCCUCUUCCCGCCCGACAUCGUCGAGGCCGCGUUCGGCGCCCAGAGGUCUGCGUCGGACGGCUUCGAUGUGCGGACGUUGGGUAGGGAUGUCCCGGGCGUGGGCACGGGCGCUGUGAUGGGGAGUAGGGAGUGUAUGCGGAGGUGUGGGAUUGGGGGGUUGGGGUGA